AGCUGUUCAUUUACAUGCACACAUUGAAAGCCAAAGCCCCACCUCUCACCUCUUUCCAUAUCUGUCUACUGUCUCCUCCUCUUGUGAUCUCACUAUUUAAUUAAGAACUGGACUAAGUGAUAUUCUGCACGCACACAGUCGGGUACAGGCAGAAACAACGUCCACAGGUCUCAUCUUUUUCAUCUCCUGUUCAAACGCACCACCUCUUUGGUUCCACCUUCCCUGGUGCUGAAACGGACUUUCAGCGAAGGAGUCACAUUAGAGUUCUUCUUUCUCAAUCUCUUUUAAAAGUAUUUUGUACACUUACCACAAUCCUGCAGACUUGCAUCAAUAUGGAGGACCAACAUUGCGGAGACUCUCUCUUCCCAACCUCCACCCUCAUUCCUGUCACCACCAUUUGCAUCCUACUCUUCAUCGUUGGUAUAACUGGCAACACCAUGACCAUCCUCAUUAUCAACCGCUUCAAGGACAUGAAGACCACCACCAACCUGUAUCUCUCCAGUAUGGCCAUCUCAGACCUGGUGAUAUUCCUCAGCCUCCCAUUCGACCUUUACCGCCUCUGGAAGUAUGUACCCUGGGUCUUUGGGGAGCUGGUGUGCCGUCUAUCACACUACACCAAUGAAGGAUGCACCAACGCAACCAUCCUUCACAUCACAGUGCUCAGCAUGGAGCGUUACCUGGCCAUCUGCUUCCCUUUCAAAGCCAAGGCUGCCAUCACCAAGAGAAGGGUCAAGUAUGUCAUUCUAGCUCUCUGGGGCUUCGCCCUAUUGUCUGCUGCACCAGUGUUCUUCCUGAUGGGCGUGGAGUAUGAGAACGAGACAAUUCCUGACCCAGGCACUCGGCAGUGCAAGCACACGCGCUAUGCCAUUGAAUCAGGGCUGCUGCACACCACUAUCUGGGUGUCGACCGCCUACUUCUUCUGCCCCAUGUUCUGCCUGCUCUUUCUGUAUGGAUCCAUCGGUCGAAAGUUGUGGAAGAGUCGUCAUGAGCUUCAUGGGCCCAAUGCAGCAGCCAGACAGAAGGUCAACAGGCAAACCGUCAAGAUUCUAGCUGUUGUUGUGUUGGUUUUUGCCAUCUGCUGGCUGCCUUACCACAUUGGUCGGUUUCUCUUCACACAUGUGGAUGACUAUCACUCUGCCCGCCUAAGUCAGAACUUCAACGUGGCCUCCAUGGUGCUCUUCUACCUGAGUGCCUCAAUUAACCCCGUCCUUUACAACCUCAUGUCCAACAAGUACCGCUCUGCCGUCAAACGCCUCUUUCUGUUGCCUCACAGGAGCCAACAUAGACCCAAUCAGAGACAUAUCUCAACCUGUGAUGACAUCACCAUGUGCUCAGAAAUGUUCAAUGGGGUGAAAGAGACCACGAUGACAGAGGAGGGCUUACGGUAACAUCAUCCUUGCUGAAGAGGAGCUCUGGAACCUGGGAGAAGUGAAGAAGUUGUGGGCUUAUUGGAUAAGAACUGGAUAAUUGGUGCGACGGAAAUGAAAAAUUAGAUUGGAACUGUCACACCAUGGAGGAAACAGCAUGUGACAGUGACUGUGUAAUAUCACAGUUAUCACUGUAGUGAUAAUCAUGUCUAUAGAAUGAUUAGAUUUUGUCAUUUUCAUAAUAUUUUUUUUUGUGUAAUAAAAUGUAAUUUUAGCACAAUAGUA